GGUACAUGUACCAUGGUCCUAUUUCCAUUUGACAAAUCCCGGUCUCCUUUCUGCAAGCUCCUCUACCCAAGGAAGCCGGAUUCAGACUUUCAGGCGUCCAGAACUCAAGAUUAGCCGGGUCACGACCCUUUAGACUAGAUUCUCCCAGAGGAUCCAUCACCGGUCCGUCAUGUCUCUAUAUCCGUUUACAUUAUUUCCAUAAUUUCCCUCCUCUUCAUAUCCGAUUUCGAUUUAUUCCCCAUGAAUACAUGAAUCUGUGUUGUUCCUUGAUCCGGUGGAAAACUGAUUGCGUUCUCGUCAAGACUCAGUUUUCUUGCUCGAAGUGUGAUAAAGCUACCUUUAUGCUGCAGCGAUGAUCCGUGUUUGUCUAAAAGGAGGCUUAGAGGAAUGAAAGAACAAACUUGGAAAUGGGUUUUAGGUUUGGUGUAUAUAUUAUUAGUUGCGUCCAUAUGGAUUGUUGCUAGUUUUGUGGUUCAGACAGUUGUAGAUGCUGGUGUUUCCCCAUUUUUAGUAACUUACAUAUGCAACUCAUUGUUUGUGGUAUAUAUUCCCCUGGUUGAAAUCGGGCGGUAUUUAGAGGACAAUUAUGGGAGUGUUUUGUUUUGGAAAGCCAGAACGGAUUUUGGUUUGCAAGAAUUGAGAGAAUCUGAGGAGGUCAUUCUUCUAGAGGAUGAUUGCGAAGCUGAUGCUUCUAGUCGAAGCAUUGUUGCAGAGGGGAAGGAAGCGAAUGAAACCGUGGUUUUGAGAGAAGAUCUGAUCCAUGAGCGCUCAGAUAUUGGUGUGGAUGCAAAGGGGCGUUGGACGAGGACCAGAGUUGCAAAAGUUAGCCUUUUGAUUUGCCCAUUCUGGUUCUUGGCACAGCUCACAUUUAACCUAUCACUUAAGUACACGACAGUUACGUCCAAUACCAUUUUAAGUACUGCAUCCAGCUUGUUUACCUUUCUGGUUUCGGUUGUGUUCUUGGGUGAAAAUUUCACGUGGGUGAAGCUACUCAGUGUUCUGCUUUGUAUGGGUGGAACAAUCAUUGUUAGCUUGGGUGACUCUAAAUCUGGAGCAUCCGUGGCUUCUUCAAAUGCUAUUGUUGGAGACAUACUUGCUCUUCUUUCAUCAGCCUUAUACGCUGUGUAUAUAACCCUUAUUCGUAAAAAGCUGUCUGAUGAUGACGACGAUGAGACAAGCGGCCGUGUCAGUAUGGCACAGUUUCUUGGUUAUUUAGGCCUAUUCAACCUCUUGAUUUUCUUACCUGUGUUCCUUAUACUUAACAUUACCAAACUUGAACUAUUUACCAUUAUCACCUGGAAGCAGCUUGGUCUCAUUGCUGGCAAAGGACUGCUCGAUAACGUGCUGAGUGAUUACCUCUGGGCAAAGGCCAUACUUUUGACAAGUACAACGGUGGCAACAGCAGGGCUCACAAUUCAGGUCCCAUUGGCUGCUAUUGUGGAUUCACUCACAGGAAAUUCACCUGGUAUCAUGGAUUAUAUUGGAGCUACUGCUGUGAUGAUGGGUUUUGCCGGCAUUAAUAUACCUUCGGGUGCAUGUUCGAAGUCCCAAGAAACAAAUAUUGAGCUAGAAGAAGGAAAUCUCCAGCCCACCCAGCAAGAACAUGUCACACCUCAGUAAAUGAAGAAUUUCAUGCUUUGUUAAUAGUGAUUGGUUGCCCUGUGUUUUGUUGAGUGAUAUACUUACUGACUUGUUAUUUUUUUCUCAAGGAUUUGAGUGUAACAUUAUUUUGUUCCUGAAUCCUAGACAAGGGAUUGCAGGAACACAAUGUUUUGAUUCUUUUUGUUUUUGUCAUUUUUGAACAUUUUUGUUUCCUUGUGUAUGUGUGUGUAAGAAGAGAACCCCAAGUGAGAAUAAGAAUGAAUCUUGUCUUGACUC